UCACUGUCACGGCUGCAAAGGGCUACUACGCUACGCCGCAGCGAAAGCAAAAGUAGACCGUUGUACCAACUGGAGAACGCUACAAGCUCGCUUUAGCUAAGCUACUAAUUAAAAUCCCAUUUCAAAUCUCUACCUACACGCCAGCUAUAAUUAGAAAUGGAACUGCCUACCCCCGAGACAUCCGUCCCCGAGACAUCAGUCCCCGAGAAUGUCAAAGAGCGCCUCGCGGCCUCCUACGACGCCAUCGCGGCCUCCUACAACGCCUGGACCGCGCAACACUCAGGCCUUCGCCUCCACUACGUGGAAAAACUGCUCCAGCUUUUGCCCCCUCUGCCUUCUGUCAAUGACAGCUCCCCUAGCAGUUGCAGCGGCAGCGGCGGCAGCGGGGGUGGCAACCCGACGGCAGCGUCCGACUCGGCACCGGUACCAAUGACUCACCUGGUGGAACUAGGCUGCGGCGCCGGCUUCCCCGUGACGCAGGCGCUGCUCGAGUUUCCCGACACGCCCGCAGGCCGUGGGCGGCGCGUGCACGUCACGGCCAACGACCUGUCGGCGACGCAGGUUGCGCUAGGCAGGGAGGGGGUGCUUCCACGCGCCGGCAGCCACGACCAGAUCGAGUGGGUCGCGGGCGACAUGAUGCACCUGUCGUUCGCAGCGGGCUCGCUAGACGCCGUGGUCGCGCUUUACAGCCUCAUCCACCUGCCGCGCGAGGAGCAGGUAGUGCUGCUGGAGCGCGUUGCGCGGUGGCUGAAGCCCGGCGGGCUUGUGCUGGCGAACUUCAGCGUCGAGGACACGCCGGGCGAGGUUAUGGAUCGCUGGUUGGGCGAGGAAAAGGGGUGGAUGUACUGGAGUGGCUUCGGGGUGGAUAAGACGCUCGAAGUUGUGACGCGGAAGGCGGGCCUAGAGGUGGUACUAAGCGAAGUUUCGAAGAACGAGGAUGGAGUGGAUGCCGAGUUCCUGUGGGUGAUUGCGCGGGCGCCGGAAUCGCUGGAUUUGUGAUGACGAUGACGAUGACGAGGGGUGGUGUUGGUGUUGGUGUCUGAAAGGCAAUUUUGAGAGCUUGCUGCCGUUAAGUGACGUAGAAAAGAGUGACGUAGAAAAGAAAAAAAAAAGACUGAUCCUUGAGCCGCAAA